GAAGGUUCUGCGCGACCAUCUCAAGUCCAAACAACUGUUGUUGCCUAGCUGCCCUCUAAUAUCACUGUUUUUCCUUUUUCAUGGUAGAUAGGGACGUAGAACUAUUCCUUUUUUCCAAAGGCCAAUUCAUCGUAUAAUCUAAUCCUUUUUCUUUGUCUCUUCUUCAGUCUGAUACCCAAAUUAUUCCGUCGACAACAAGAAGUGGAAGUUCAUUUUAAUCCUCUGUAGUUUUUAUUGCUUUUAUUUUCGAUUGUAGUUGAGGACUUUAUAUUUCUUAAUGCCAGAAUUUUCUUCCUAUAAUACCAGUCCCUUCACAUUUGUUAUUGGGUAACUUCGAGGACAAACAAGAAAAUGAUGCGUCGUCUCGUCGCAUGCUUGGCGGUUGUCGCUUGUCCAGCAUUUGCGGUAAAGGAGGUGCCUGCAACAGCAUUGGAUAGGGUAAAAUCAGGGAAAACGCCUUUCUUGGCGCUGGAGUUCUACUCAAAGAUGUGCGGGUCGUGCCAGGAGUUUCUUCCUAUGCUAGCAGAAGCUGAGAAGAAAUUAAAAGGUUCACAGAUAGACAUCGGAAAAAUCAACAUCGAGGACAAGGCGGGACGAGAGGUAGCUAGCGCCGCAGUUUUGAACAAGAUAGAGAUUCUGACUAAUUGAUCUUCAUUUUUGCAUGAAUAAGUGUAUGCGCUUCUACUUCAAUCGGCAUCUACUUUGUCAGCACGCGCUCCAUACUUUUCUCUUACGUAUGGAAGAGAGGAUGUUUCUUAGUUUCAACUUCUGGUCUGGAUCAUAUUGGAACUACGCCAACAGCUUGCCGAGGCGGAAGGCGCAUUGCAGGACGGACUGCCGAGCUUGCGACUGUACUUCAAAGACAAAAAAGGCGAGUUAACUUUCGAACGUAUAUUAGAUCCUGAAGUUGCGGACUUUCCCGAUGCGGAUGAAAUCGUGUCGAGACUCGAAACUGCCAAAAUGCGGGCGCCGGGCGGCGACGAAUUAUAGAAGGCAACGCUACAAGUACAAAAGUACUAGAUAGACUUAAGGAUGAGGGGAGUACGAUAGUAUGUAUGCGAACUACACCAGCGGGUCGUUGCCGUUUUGGCAAGAAAUAGGGCUCUUUGUCUUCGUGCCAUAUUCCGCAAUACGGAGCGAUCAUUGCCACAUGAAAAUAUAGGCGGGAGUUGAUCAUGAGCUACGGGGAGCAUUUUUAGAAAAAUUCCACGCUGUGCCAACGACUCAUAUAUCUAUCUGUUUCCUAGAAAAGAUAUAUCGACACAUACGAAAGGAGAGG